GCACAUGCUUUCGAUGGAUUCCCCAAAAACAUGACUACUCCCCAGCUAAAAUGGAGCUACGAGAACCUCCCACCACCCUGCGGGCGAAUGGCAGCAGCCUCGACUUACACAACUCACACAGUGGAGGAAUAGGUGGCCGGACACCUCAGGAAACCGUCAAGAUGAAGGAGAAACACUUGACGGUCGUCAUCAAGCUCGGCACAUCCUCCAUAGUGGACGAAAAGACCCAUGAGCCUCUCCUCUCUACCCUCUCGACGAUCGUCGAAACCGCAAUGAGUCUUCGCCAUGACGGACAUCGGGUAGUCAUUUGUUCGUCUGGAGCCAUUGGCAUGGCCCUACGGCAAAUGAACAUGGAGCGACGGCCCAAACUCCUCCCACAAGUCCAAGCGCUGGCAGCAAUAGGACAGUGCAAGCUCAUGGCCAUGUGGGACCAGCUGUUCAUGCACAUGCGGCAGCCUGUAGCUCAGAUCCUCUUGACGAGGAACGACAUUGCCGAUCGAAAUCAGUACCUCAAUGCACAGAACACCUUCCACGAAUUACUACACAUGGGAGUCAUACCGAUUGUGAACGAGAACGACACACUUUCGGUGCAAGAGAUCAAAUUUGGAGACAAUGAUACAUUGAGUGCCAUAACAGCAGGCAUGGUGCAUGCCGACUACCUGUUCUUGAUGACGGAUGUGGAUUGCUUAUAUGACAAGAAUCCUCGAAAUCAUCCAGAUGCUAAGGCAAUAGAGGUGGUGGAGGACAUCGCUGAGCUGGCUGCGGAUACCUCAAGUGCAGGAAGUUCGCUCGGCACAGGUGGAAUGAGCACGAAGAUCGUGGCUGCAAGACUGGCUACUGCAGCUGGUGUGACAACAGUCAUCACCAGGAGUAGUAAGCCGGGAAAUAUCGCAGCGAUUGUCAGACACGCGGAAGCUCAAAAGGCGGCAGCGAAGAGUAUGGAACAAAGCGGUGAGUUGGCGUCCCAUGAGCCGGCACUCCAUACUACGCCAGUCGUCAACGGAAAUGGCGCACUCAAACUUGAAGAGCCUGGACUUCCUCCCUUGCACACCCGGUUUCUACCAGAUCCGCAUCCGAUCAGAGAUCGCUAUUUUUGGCUCUUACAUGGCCUCGCGGCGCACGGAACGGUAUAUGUGGAUCACGGAGCUUACACAGCUCUGCAGUCGAAGAACGGAUUACUCCCUGUUGGUGUCGUGGACGUCGAAGGCCACUUUGGUCAACAUGAAUGCGUUCGCAUCGUGGUGCUGCCAACGAGGAAUUCGCCCUUGAGUGAGGGCGAAGAGGUUGGUAAAGCCAUUGUCAACUACUCCGCCAUUGAGAUCAAGAGAAUCGCAGGCCACAGAAGCAGUCAGAUCGCUUCAAUCAUCGGAUACGCAGACUCUGAGUAUGUUGCUGUGAGGGACAGUGUCGCGCUGUUCAACAAGGACCUGAGUCGACCGGUUACACCAGCGCCGGAUGAGACGAAGAGGUUGAGCAUUACAUCUCCGAACGAUAAGCGAUUCAGUAUGGGACGGCUGUCGAGCUAUGUGGAUGGCUGAAGAAAAGCGAUGUUUUUGUUUGCGCGCGCUCUUGCUCUUGCAUGUUGUACGGCACUUGCUCUUCAACGGCUGCAGCCUGAGCUUCUUACUUCGUGCGGCCUCGAACUUCAACAUCGACCACGGGAGUAACAAGCAGCCAUUCGUACUACCAUACCUCUCGUCUCCCACACAAAGACUGAUCAUUACUUCACAUCGCGACUUCGUUGACAUCGAUCGCACCCAGUCAUGCUUUCCAAGAUUGAGCGCGCUGCGCUAGACGACUUUCCAGGCAAGAUGGCGGCGAUGACAAUAGCGACACCAUGCGCACGGCAGACAGCGACGUUCUUCGAGCUCCCGCCAGAGAUCCGCAACAUCAUCUACGAGCUCGCACUACCUUCGAAAGAGCGCAACGAGCGACUCUUCAUCACCUCGCCUUAUGUCGACAACCACAUGACUCUCGCUGUUCAGCCUGCCAUCACACGCGUCUCGCGACAGACUCGAUCGGAAAGCCUCGCAAUGUUCUACGCCAACAACGAAUUCUCGGCAUACAUCAAUCGCUUCGAUUUCCUAGAGCUCCUUCACUUCGUUCGCUGCAUCACUUCUGGCCCGACGCCUCGACCACAGAUACGAAUCCACACAUUCAUGAUGCACAAUAUGGGAUGCUAUCGUGGUCUUCUCAACAUGGCAAAUGAUUGGUCUUGGCUGAACUACGAAACCAUCCACCUUGAAAUCAGAAGUUGCAUAUGGCUAGGAAGGAACCCGAUACAAAGCCAUCUCGUUAAGGAGGCGGUGAUUUCUGCUGAAAUGUUCCCGCCGAAGCAGGCGAUAGCGGAUCCGCGCAUUGAGAAGAGAUUGCGGUCUGAGAUACUUCGUCGAAGGGCACCGAGUGAGCCCACUCGUGUUGCAUGUGCUGGACCUUGCGAAUGUUCCCCCUUGACUGCAAACACGCAAUAGGAUAGUUUGCGGUCGGUGAACUUACGCCAUUUGACAUUCCCUGGGCCAUCGACGGCAUUUUUGUUUCCAUGAUUGGAAGGGCAAGGGGUGAGAGGUUGGGGCACAAUCUUUCGCGGAGCAAAAUUUUACGUCUUGUUGCCAUGGCGGGAGGAGGAUUGAAGUGCGAAGUCUUACGAAGUGGUCCUCAUGCAAGCGCAGAUGAGGGCCUCUAUCCAUGUUGGUGGAAGCAGUUGAAAGCAUCAACAACAUUUACUCUCGUUAGAGUUGGUAGCAGACACGCUUCAAGAAGCGACGAAAAUGUUCCAUCAUUUACAGCAGUGCGAUAAGCUUCCAUUGCAAAGUAACAA